AUCGCAGCUCUCGUCGGCGCUUCCUUUCCCAGUCUCCUUUGUCGCGUCAAGAUCCAAGAACAUCGCGAUAAUGUCGUUCACUAUUACCAUCCGGCAGGGCCCUGCGCGUAUGGCGUCUCGACUGCCGCAACUCGCAAAGUCCGUCCAGCGAGCCUCCAACAGUCCCGCCACCGCAAUCCGAGCCUUCCAUCAAUCAUCACCGAAGAACACCUUUUUCACCUCAAGAACGACCUCUCUCGGUUUUCGAGCAAAUGCGAAGCCCACGAGUAACCUGGUCUCGAGACUAGCUGGGGCGAGCCGGACAUAUUACCAAGAGGCCGCACCUCCCCAAGCGGCUAACCAGACAUCGCUCCUGCGCAAGUUGCUGGUUGGCGGCGCCAUCUUCGGCGGCACCCUCGUGGCAAUCAAUGUCGUCUUCAACAGGGAGACGAGGGAAGAUGGCGGCAUGCCGCUGUUCGAGCGCUCAUACCUCAACAACACAUUCCUGCAUACGGGUCUCGGCAUCGGCAUCAUCGCUCUGACCGCCCGACAGAUGAUCCAGACCGGCUUCGUCUACCGCAUCAUGGUCACUAACCCAUGGGUCGUUGCAAUCGGCGGACUGGGCCUCAGCUUUGCUACCAUGCUGGGCACAAGAGCCAUUGACGCGGACAACUACGUGCCAAAGUAUGCGCUCUGGACGGCAUUCAAUGCCACCCAGGCCGCUUUCGUCGCCCCCCUUCUCGCAUUUGCGCCAGGCGCUCUCAUCGCGCGCGCCGGCCUCUACACCGUUGCCAUGAUGGGCGCUAUCUCAUUCGUCGGGGCCACGGCCAAGCAGGAGAAGUACCUCUACAUCGGCGGGCCUCUCCUGGCGGGCGCCGCACUCGUGGCGGUCUCGGGCCUGGCUCCCCUUGUCAUCCCGGCCACAGCCAUGCGGACCCUCGCGCUCACGGAGAGCAUCUGGCUGUACGGUGGCCUGGCCGUCUUUGGCGGCUUCACGCUGUAUGACGUCCAGAAGAUAUUGUAUCGCGCCAGACUUGCCGAGCGGGGCAUCAUCAAGCGGGACCCCGUCAACGAGAGCAUCAGCUUGGAGCUGGACUUCCUGAACAUCUUCAUCCGGAUGCUCCAGAUCCUGAUGAUGCAGCAAAAUAGGCGGAAGUAAAGAGGGUGUCGGGGGGUUAGAGAACUGGUGCAUGUACAGUAAUUGCAUUUGAAGGGGGGGAGUGGGAGUGGGUUGAUCAGUGAUCACCGUACGGGUAACAAGGCAUGGCGACAUCAUCGCUCUUCAUUCAUCGUAAGAGCCACCAUAGGAGCUAACGUAGUGCAUUUUCCCUUUGAGGUUCCGUAAGCUGACUUCCUUGCCGCGCCUCCCAUGCCUAAACAUGUCCAACUACAACUCAUCAUCACCCAUCAUACGACUAUUUCAAGUC